AAAGUCAAUAUCUUUGCUACUUGCUCACUCAGAUCUGGAUAUAUCAACUUAUUUUCCAUAGCAUAUAUCGGGAAGUCAGGCAAGAUGACGGACUCCAGUCUGAGAUAUUUUGUUGCAAUUUCUGAAAACAAACGAAAGGAAAUGGAAUUACGCAACCAAGAAUCAAAAAUUGACGAUUUGAAGAAAAAGAUGUUAACAAAAUACUGGAAAGACAAAAUUGGAGUGUUUGACGAAAUGAUUCGCUUGAAUGUUAAGACACCAACGUACAAAACUGAUCGUACGAAAGGAAGCGAAGAUGGUCAGUCUACAACGAUGUCGCUGGGACCAAUGAAUAUAGAUUCGAAACUGCUAAGCAGCAGACCCGUAACCCUUCAAAAAGGGAACAAACCAGGGACUCGGAUUGAACCAAUCAUUAACAUUGAGGGAACUGACGCGGUUUGUUACCCAAAUAAGGAGGCCAAAAGGGGUCGCCGGGUCGGCCUUAAUCAACAGAUAUUAAGGCGAAUAGAACAGUGUAAGACUUUGGAGGAUAGCAUUGCCUCCAUUAGGUGUAAAAGCGCGCGGAGGGCUGUUUCCGACGAUAGUUUCCGGAAUAACUGGUUAGACGCACAACGACCCCAAACGGCUCCUGGCUUGUCAAAGAACGGAGGUCGGAAGGAUCGGAAAAAGCGACCGGAUACGGGCAAGUCGGAGUCAAGCGACGUCGUACGUCGACCUUCGACCACUGCCAGCUCCUACCGUCGGGAAGGAUUUAUUACGUCAACGCCAGAACAAAAACGUCCAUCGACGUCGGUUUCUUUCCGCAUAGAUUCCGACUGUACUUGACGUUUGAUAAAUUGGAAUUAUUUCGUGUUUAAUUAAGUGCUCUUGUUUGACGUCGUGUGUUACGUCUUAUUAAACCUCUGCAUGUUUAAAGGUGAUACUGGUUGUAAAUAGCGUGUCAUUUAGGUACAAUAUCUACCUAAUGUGUGUAAAUAUUCAAAAUAUUAUUUACAUAUGUAUUCUAGUCACAUUUUAUAACCAUAAUAGUCUAUUAUCAUAUUAUUGUA